AUGGGAAGAAGCACUCAAGAAGUCAGCUUCUUGAAAGGAUGGGAAUCGGAGAAAAUUGAUAAUGGGCAUGAAGGAACAUUGAUUAAAAUUAUUGUGAAAAAAGUUAUGGGCGAUUUGAAAAGAUUUUUUCAGCUAAAUGUUCCCGAACAAUUAGUGGGAAUUGAGGAUCAUGUGCAGCAGAUUAUGAGCAAUAUAGAUGCUGAAUUCAAUGGUACAAAGAUUAUUGGAAUCUAUGGAAUGGGCGGCAUUGGUAAGACUACUCUUGCAAAGGUGUUAUACAACAAACUCUCUAGUCAUUUUGACUAUCAUAGCUUCCUGGCAAAUAUCCGAGAAACAUCCCAAUGUAAGGGUAUUGAAUGCGUACAAAAGCAACUCAUUUAUGACAUAACAAGAAGUUCAUGUGAUGUGUUUAAUGUCGACGAAGGAGUUAAUGUCAUCAAAUCUCGAUUUAUGAGGAAGAAAGUCCUAGUUCUUUUGGAUGAUAUUGAUGAUAGUACUCACUUGAAUGCUUUGGUCAAGGAUGGAAGUUGGUUUGAAGUGGGAAGUAUAGUCAUCAUCACAACUAGAAACAAAAGCAUUCUCGAUGAAGGUAGGGCGGGCUACAUGUACCAACUCAACGAGUUGUCUUUAGAUCAAUCAUUGAUUUUAUUUAGUAGACAUGCCUUUCAAAAGGAUUCUCCUCCGAGUGAUUAUGAGGUUAUCUCUCGUGAUGUCAUAUCUACUAGGGGGGCUCCCAUUAGCUCUUGA